AUGAACGAUCAUCGUCUGUUAGACUUGGAUAAUGUUUUACAAAGAGUUCAUGAAAUUAAUGGAUACACGAUUAAAAUAUCUGCUGAAGAUAGUCCCAUAAAACCAGUUCCCAAGAGACGAACUAAAAAGACUCAAGAUGCCAUGCACAAAGACGAUACAAAAGACUUUCAGAGUCAACAAGACGUUGAAAUGGCUCAUCUGGGUAAAGUUCGAACAGUGAUAGUUAAUGGCCUUUGGAAAGAGACAUCAAAUGAAGCCUUGACAAUGUUCUUUGAAAGUGGCAGAAGAUCCGGUGGAGGAAAAAUAGAAAAGCUGGAGAGAAAUGAACCGGACGUUGCUCAUAUCACCUUUGUCAGUCACGAAGUUGCAGCACAAGUAUUAAAGCAGAAUAAACUGGAACUGGAUGGGUAUCUUUUGCAACUCAAAGAAAAGGAACCGGAAUUAAUCCUUCCUCUGGACAGAAAUAAGUUAAAGUUUGUCUAA